UCUAUCGGGCUGGACUGAUUUUCAGCAGAGUGAGGGAGAGAAAGAGGGAAAUAGUGACGCAGAAGAACACAGUUUGAUUUGCGGUGUGCACAUGGACGAAGAUCAAAUAGAAGGUUGUGUGAGUGGGUACCUAAAGCAGAAAGGGUUUGCGCAAAACGAUGACCAACUUCAACUUUCCAAAGCCAAUUCCUCUCUUCAACCCGACACUCUCAAUCGCUCUCAAUUGGAGAGAGGUUCUGCUAGAUACCACGACGGGUAUGGCAGACUGAGAUCAUGGGCAUAUAGGUCACUUGAAUCAUACAAGCAUGAAUUACUGCGUGUGCUUUAUCCAGUAUUUGUCCAUUGCUUCAUGGAUCUUGUGGCAAAAGGGCAUCUUCAGGAAGCUUGGAACUUUUUCAAUACCUUUCGUGAGGACCAUGAAAUGUUGCACUCACGAGACCUUCAGAAAUUGGAACUAGUUCUUUCUCCUACUCAUUUGGAGGAAAUGGAAUUCGCUCAUUCCCUUAGGCAGAGUAAGUUCAACAUAAAGAUAUGUCGGUAUUCCUAUGAGCUUCUAUUGCAACAUCUACAUAGUAUGCAAUCCACCACAAUAAUUGGUAUUAUCAAUGAGCAUAUUAGCUUCCAAGUUACAGCUGGGCAACCGAGCUCAAUUUCUGAUGACCCAGAAGCUGUUACCCUCAGUGGAAGCAUCCAGGAUGCAGUAAACCAGAUAAAUCAGAAAGAAAUCCUUUGGGGGAUGUUUGAAGAUUCUGUGGAAGACCACAUAGAUAAGGCUGGGGCCUUGCUUUCAGGCACAGAAAAGGGUGAAGGCGAAGGCAAAGAGGGAGACAAUGAUGAGAGUAAGAAAAGGUCAAUUGAUGUAGGAAAGCAAGGUAAUUCAGUAAAAAAGGUAAAAAAGGACAAGGUCAGCAGUGCAACAGGGAAAAAUGCUAAGCCAGAAGCUAACACUAUAUCUGCAGCACCUCGCAUUAAACCAGAGAUACCCUUGCCCACAGUUUCAACUGAUGUAGAACUGUCUAUCCUAGACGAUUUAAGGAAUCGUGUACAAUUGAGUAGUGUUGCUCUCCCUUCAGUGAACUUCUACACAUUUGUAAAUACACAUAAUGGUUUAAGCUGUUCAUCAAUAUCCCACGAUGGGUCAUUGAUUGUUGGAGGAUUUUCUGACUCUUCCCUAAAGGUCUGGGAUAUGGCAAAACUUGAGCAACAAUCCACUGCUCAUUUUUCGCAGGGAGGGAAUGACAUGUCACAGAAUGAACAAAUUAUUGGGCAAAAUAGUGGGAGAAGACAGUAUACAUUGUAUCAAGGUCACUCAGGUCCAGUCUAUGCCGCCACUUUUAGUGCUGCCGGGGAUUUUCUUCUUUCCUCUUCAGCAGACAAAACAGUUCGACUAUGGAGUACAAAGCUUAAUGCCAAUCUUGUUUGUUACAAGGGUCACAAUUACCCUAUCUGGGAUGUUCAGUUUAGUCCUGCAGGGCAUUAUUUUGCCAGCUGUUCACAUGACAGAACUGCCAGGAUUUGGUCUAUGGACAGAACAAAACCUUUAAGAAUAAUGGCAGGACAUUUGUCCGACGUUGAUUGUGUGCAGUGGCAUCCCAACUGCAACUACAUUGCUACUGGCUCCAGUGAUAAAACAGUUCGACUGUGGGAUGUACAGAGCGGGGAAUGUGUUCGGGUUUUCAUUGGUCAUAGAAGUAUGAUUUUGUCUUUGGCAAUGUCCCCUGAUGGUCGCUACAUGGCAUCUGGUGAUGAAGAUGGCACAAUCAUGAUGUGGGACCUCUCUAGUGGCUGUUGUGUCACACCUCUUGUCAGUCACACUUCAUGUGUCUGGUCACUCGCUUUCAGUUGUGAAGGUUCUCUUCUAGCAUCUGGAUCUGCUGAUUGCACAGUCAAAUUUUGGGAUGUAACUACGGGUAUAAAGGUUCCAAGGAAUGAAGAAAAUAGAAGUGGGAAUGCUAACAGACUCAGAUCAUUAAAAAGCCUGCCAACCAAAUCUGCUUCAGUUUACUCUCUCCAGUUUUCUCGCAGGAAUCUUCUUUUUGCAGCAGGAGCUGUUGCAAAAAGUGGUUGUUAGUAUGUCAACAAAUUUUGAAGUGGCAGUUCUGACGUAACACCAAAAAAACCUAAUGUUGUGUUGUACAAUAUUUUUUAUUUGUAAAUUUAUUAGUAAAUUGAACUGA